GUGGAUUUGUUAGAACACACAUGUACCAAGGCAAUCCCCAUCUUCUCGCCCGUUCCAAGCUCUGCAUUUUUAAAACAAACACAUAAUUGGAAAUUUUACAGAAUGGCUUCACGGGGCGCAAGCAAUAUAUUUAACAAGAACCGUUACUACGGUUUCAGACCCCCAAGAUUCGUCGCCCCCAAACAGCCCUAUUUCACAGUCCGUUACACGCCUCAAAACAUACCUACGUCGCGCGCGAAGAAGUUUUCCUGUGAUCUCUUCAUCAAUCUAUAUGCCCUCCGGCCCAAGAUCGACUAUAUGUGGGCGACACGGGACAAGCGCCAGCUUUGGUGGUCCGCUUCGGCCCAAUCUGAUAUCGCAUCGGAGAAGAGCGUUAUACGGUCGUGGUGCGCCAGACGGGUGCGGACUGCAUUUAGAGACGCGUUGAGGGAGCGUGGAUAUGACAAGACAGGGCGAAGAAUACCGGAUAUUGAGCAGCGGGAGCAGCAGAAACCGCAACCGAGGCAGCAAGCUGGGCAGCCGCCGUCUCGGCUAGAAGCCUUGGAAGGGACUUUGGAAAUUCACUUCCGGCUUGCUGUCAAAGCUGCGAAAUAUACGGAUAUUGUGCGGGAGGCUGGGGUCGUCAUUGAAAGGAUUGAAACCUACCUCAAACGGGUAGGCGAGCGGGAGGAAAAUGACGUGGAGAAUUCUUCAGACGCUCUUUGGCCUAGUAACAAUGGCGUGUCUACCUAAGUUCCUAGGGUAAAAGAGGGUGGACUCGGCACGUCGUUGUUGGUUCCAGCAUCUUUUGCACAGCACAAUAAGGCCAUAGGAAAGCCCUCUGGAUCUAAUUUAUUCGGGCACUUACUUUACCUAGACGGUAAACAAUAGGUAACUAGCAACCCCAUGGGAAUUUUAUUCGAGGCUACACUAUAUGCCUGAUCCAUUUUGCCCUGGAUACUCGCAGUAGCUAGUACGACGGUCAGCUAGGCAUGUAAGACUAGCAUCUUCACCACAUCGCCACAUAUGAUCCCUCCUGGAGCAGAGUUCCGCAGUAAUCCACAAUACAAAUGUGCCAUCAUCAAACUCCCCCUCAGUCCCAUACCCCGCAUCAGAGGAACCCAAAAGAAGCUUUCUCCUACACGGAAAUCCAACCUCACUUAUUGAGCUCCUUCAUUCGAGCAUCGAUUUCUUCCCGUGGGGCUCUUGCCGGCAUGUCUCCUACAAACGCCCUCAAAAAGUCAACAUCAACUGCCAAUUAUGGACGAAAUAUCUUGGGUGAAUUCUCUUUGAUAUUAGACUAACCUUCCGGAAUCUGCGGGCCCUUAGUUAUGAAGUCCCGGGCCUCAGGCCUCAACUGCUCACCACCCGCUGUAGAGUUGGCGUUCUUCUGUGUCUGGCUUCGUGUUUGGCGCGUGGUCGUGCCAGUUUUUCCGGCUUGGAAAUCUUGACUAGAUCGGCCAGCCAUGUUUCCAGAUCGGAUUGGGAUGGGAUGGGAUGGGUGUGACGGGUAUAGGUCGAGGGGUGGCAGAUAUUGCUGGAGACGCAAAAUUGUAUUUUUAGGAAGAUUGUGUUGGCUUUACUUAAGCCUAUUGCUGGAUAAAUUACUAACUUGGAUUUUGAGAAACGAAAUAGGUAGAUGUGGUGGAUGUGCUUAGAAGUCGGGCACGAGGUGCUACGCUACGGCAGGGGGAAUGAUUCAUUCAUACCACCUGGCGCUGAUGACAUCACCAAAACAGCCAAGGGUAUAAUCGAGCAAGAGCCACCUAUGAGAAUUGACCUCAUCCCAUUCACCUAUCUUGGUAGAUAUUAAUCUGUUUAUACUUAUAUUAUAUAUAGCAGGUAAUAGCCAUUUGUAACUAAUCAGAAGUGUCAAGAAAAUAGUACCAUUUCUGGGCUUCUUUGUGUGUUGUUCAGUUGCCAAAAGCAGCAUAUACUUUAAGUAGUUAGCUUUCUCAUACAAAGGGAUGCUAAAUACACUCUAUCGGCUUCAGUACGGAGUAGACAUCUACACGUUCGACUCUUGUGCUGCGCAAUAGUACAAUAUUAAUAUUAUAUUUCCAUACGGACGGGCUUC